AUGGAGGAUGACCGUCUCUUCAAGUUCCGCCGGCCUGCUUGGCUUAACAGCGCCUGGGCGCGAGGCGCGGGCGUGUAUUCGGCGGGUGCGCUGUUCUCGCUCGCAUUCUACAUCCUAAUCGACGCAGCGGUAUGGUCGAAAUCACCACUCAAUGGCUCCGACGUGCACGUGACGUUUGUGGACUGGUUGCCGCUGAUCUUCAGCUCGCUGGGCAUGCUGAUCAUCAACUCGGUAGAGAAGGCGCGCUUGUCGGCCGACUCGUUCUCGUACAGCGGCUCGGGCGUCGCAUGGAAGGCGCGCGUCGUCUUGUUCCUUGGUUUUGCGGCUCUGGCGGGCGGUAUGGCAGGGGGUGUGGCCGUGUUCGUGCUUAAGUUUGUCGUGCCGGAUGUGAGCUGGCCGAUGAUGGGGAUGGGUGUGGAGAAUGUUGUUGCUAAUGGGCUUGUGAUGCUGAGCUCGGUUAUACUAUGGGUUAGUCAGAAUAUGGAGGACGAGUAUAGCUAUAGCUUAUCUCUAUGA